AUGAGUUUAGCUAACUCCAAAACAAAUCAGACAUUGAUUAUUGUGAUAACUCCAACUUAUUCUAGACUAACUCAGCUGGCUGAUAUGACACGGUGAGUUAGGAUAAGUACCCAAAAAUUUGCCUAGAAAUUUCUAGAAUGGCUAACACUUUGAUGCAUGUUCCAAAUCUUCAUUGGAUUGUGAUCGAAGAUGGUUUGCAGAUCGAUAAGAACAUCAGAAAUCUAUUGAGAAGAUCGCAAAUCUCAUUUUCAUAUUUGCCAUUCAAAACUCAGCCAGGGUAUCCGAGUAAGUUCGGCAUUGCUCAGGUUAAACUAGAAAUUUUAGCCAUUGCUCAUAUUAAAAAUCUAGGCCACGCCCACUUUUCAGAGCGAGGUUGGUUUCAACGAUCAAUGGCAUUGACUUUGCUGCGAGAAACUGCACGGCAUUUCAAAAGUAACACAAAUUCUGUGGUGUAUUUUGGAGAUGAUGAUAAUUCGUAUGAUAUUCGAUUGUUCACGGAAUACAUCAGGAAUGUGAGGAAGCUUGGAAUGUGGAGUGUUGGUGGGUGGCUUUUGAAGAGCGGAAGAGCGGAAGCUGCGCGGAAUUUUCCGCGAGAUGCUACGCGGAAGCUUGCGGUUUAG